AUGUUGAUGAGUUGCGCAUAUGCAUAUAGAGAACAGAAGUUUGCCAUCGAACCACAGGAUCAGAGUGCAGUAGUUGGAUCCAGAGUAACAUUGCCCUGCCGAGUCGAGGGCAAAGUUGGUCAGCUGCAAUGGACAAAAGAUGAUUUUGGCCUCGGGACACAUCGACACUUAACCGGCUACGACAGAUACAAGAUGGUUGGGAGUGAUGAAGAAGGAGAUUAUUCAUUGGAUAUACGAGAAGUGACUUUGGACGACGAUGCUUCAUACCAGUGCCAAGUCAGCUCUGGCCCGAGAG